AUGAAGGAUAAUAUCAAUUAUUAUCAAGAGAAAAAGUGGACUGACAAAAGUAUCACUCAUGAAGAAGAAAAAAGCAUAAAGACAAGAACAAACGCACAAAAGCACAAACGUCGCCAGAAGCACAAUUUUAUCCAACGGGCGAUCAAGAGUUUGACUUAUCACCACAAUAAAGUGGAAAAGAGCGAGAAGAAGAGUGUGUAUGAUGAUGAUGACGAGCAUAGCUACAAGGAAGAGCUGGACAUGUAUAUUGCAGCGUCUUGUGCAAACCUUUGCUAUAAUGACAAUAAUAAGGAAGCAGUGGAUUAUUCAGACGAUGAAACGUCGGAAGAAGAUUUUGAUCCCGUCUUGAUUUCGCCUCACAAGACUGGAAGGAUUGAUUUCUCAGUCUUAAUCACAUCGAUACCAUCAAAGACAAUGACGAUGACACAUGAGUUUGUUGUGCCACCAGUACAAGUUCCUGAUAAAUACCAUCGACAGGAUUGUAAAGGUGGUGUGCUCGUAGCAGGACGUUAUGUCUUGUUUACGAAUUACGCGUUUAAAAGGCAAAUGCAUCAUAUUGGCCAUCUUGGUUCACUCCCUGAGCGUGCUGAAGCCCAAUUACAUUCAUUGGAACAAGUAUCGGCAGGAUUGUAUUCAGGAAGAGUCGUCGAGCUGUAG